CAUGUAUAAAUUUGAAAACAUUCCCUAAGUGAAUUCAGUCGAUUCGUUUAUUUUUCAUAGUCUCAACGAAUAUGUUAGAAAUGAAGUCAUUAUAUUGGUUCCUUAUAGCUGCUUGUCUAUUGAAUGGGUGUUUUGUGCAUCAGUGUGAGGGCAGUAGUGGCAGUAAAAAUAAAAAAAAAGGCAAAGUACAACAGGCGUCUGGAUCACAAGAUCAACUUAUAUUCGCUCAUAUUCUGUUCAGACACGGGGAUCGCAAUAUCCGGGUACCUUUUCCAAAGGAUGAGCAUGGUGAUAUGAAAAAAAAUUAUCCAGAAGGUCCAGCAGAAUUGACUAAUAUUGGCAAACAACAACAAUACGAACUUGGAGUCUACUUAGCAGAAAGAUACAAAAAUCUCAUUGGAAAUAAUGGUGCCUAUCACAAAGAUAUCAUAUAUGUGCAAAGCACUGAUGUUGAUCGCUGUUUGCAAAGUGUAGCGCACAAUAUGGCAGGUAUGUUUCCCCCCAAAGAGAACCAGAAGUGGAACAAAAAACUUGGACAAAUUUGGCACGCGGUUCCAAUUCACACUGUUCCAGAAGCACAAGAUCAUAUUUUGGCUAUGAGGAAACCAUGCCCAUUGUUCUCUCAAGAAUUAAAUGACGCCUUCAACUCUAAGAAAGCAAGCUUUGACGGCAACUCAUCAUAUAUAAAUAUGUUACGCGAAAAUUCCGGUUUGAACAUUACGAAUGUCUGUAACGUCUUAGACUUAUACCAUACUCUUUGGGUACACAAUGAGCACAAAUUGUCACUGCCAAAGUGGGCAAAGAAAGAAUUUUAUCCAGGAUGCUUAAUGGAAAAGAUUGGGAUGGAGUGUUUUUUGGCUUUUGUUUCAACAGAAAAAAUGCUUCGCGUGAAACCAGGCUAUCUUAUUAAAGAUAUUUUGGAUCGGUUUUCGGCGAAAAAAAAUGGAACAUUGAAACCAGAUCGAUCAAUUCACGUUUAUUCGGCGCACGACACUACAAUCAUUGGAGUUUUGAGUGCUUUAAAACUUUUUGAGCCCCACUACCCGGAAUAUGCUGCGUGUCUGUUUUUCGAGCUUUACACAUCCAACAAUGGACAUUAUGUACAACUAUAUUAUAAACGUGAUCGUGAGGUAGAACGACAGCCAUUGCAAGCACUCAAUAUCCCAAAUUGCGGCAAAAAAUGUCCAUUGGAUCAAUUUUAUCGAAUUUUCCAAAACAUCAUACCAUCCGACAACUACGAUGAAGAAUGUAAACCAAGGACAUUUUAAUAAGCAGAAAUGAAUCGAAGAUUUUUUUUCCAGUGAUGGGUGGAAAGAAGAUAUUAGUUUUUUUUUAGAUUUUUAGUUCUAGUUUUUUCUAAUAUCGAUUUCCUGUCCAUUUAAAUGUUUUGUGACAAUUAAAAAUGAAUAAAUGCAUAUAAUUUGAA